AUGAAAGAACAAGGCAUCGAAAAUAGUAUCACGCGUCAAGCGGCAGACCCGGCCGCCUUUUUCCGAAGCAGUGACUGGUCGCACCGGUCUGCAGAGGCCAAGAUCCCCAAGGUCUUGAAGAUGCAGGAACACACGACGGCUGUGCGAAUCCAGGCUCUCGCGCUGGCCGAGGCCAACAUCUCGUCUGAAAGAAUCCAGGAGGUUACGGGUAUGGACCCCAAGACUCUGGCUGGCCUCCGAAAACUGGCGCGCGAACGUGGGUAUGAUCCCAAUGUCUCGAUGCAGCUGAAGGAAGAAUAUGUGCUUGAUCCGCCCAAUACUAGUCGUCCGAGAGGUCGACCCAAGAAGAGAAAGCCCGAGGAUGACCUCGAUCCCGCUCUGGCCAGUCUUUCCGACACCACGCCUCGACCCGCAACCGCUGAUUUCACCCCACGUCGAGAUAAUCUGCCGCCGGGACAGUGGGAUUUCAUGGCUGCUGCUACGGGAGCCGGCUAUACCAUGACUUAG